UGCAGGUGUACAGUACUCAGAAUGCGUGAGUUAAGCUUCGAGGUCGGCCAUAGAAGGCGAAUGCUGAUAAGUCCAGAUCCAACCACCAAUCAUGCCACGUCCUGAUUUGGCUGCUCUGGGCAUAUCUUACCGCCGUAUCCCACUGCUAGCCAUCGGCCGCCAUGUAUACUGUGAUUCGAGGUUGAUUCUCCAGGUUCUGCAAGAGAAGUAUCCUUUGAAGAACGUUCCACUCAGCGGUUCGGAAAAAGCAGUUCAGAGACUAUUGCAAGACUGGAACAACGAUCAGAUCUUCUGGCAUGCAACACGAUGCUUGCCGUUCGAACGUUCUGCUUUUGCAAGUAGUCCGGCAUUUCUGGCCGAUAGGUCUGAAGCGAUUGGCAAACCUUUCAGUAUCGAAGCAAUGGCCAAGGAAAGACCAGAGUCAUACUCGUACAUUCGUGCCUUGUUUCAAGAGCUCGAAGAGUUCCUCGAGGACGACCGAGACUGGAUUCUGGGCAGUGAUGAACCAUCGCUUGCUGACAUUGAUGCUGUCUAUAUUGCUCAGUGGAUUGUGACCAACCCUUUGAUGGACGGGAUGCUUCCUGAAAUUCUUCAUGAGAAGCAUUUUCCUAAGGCAUGGGCAUGGGUCCAUCGCUUUAAGCAGGCUGCCAAAGACGCUGAAUCUAAAGCACCAAUGCCCACUACACUCGAUGGUAAAGAAGUACAUGAAAAAAUCACUUCUGCUCCGCCGACGCCUGCACAUGGCGACAUCAGCGAGACCGACCCUCUCAGCUUGAGGGUUGGUCAAACCAUCGAAGUCUACCCAACAGACUGGGCAUCGAACCACGUCGACCGUGGUGAACUCGUAAUGUUGGCGGCAAACGAGGUGUGUAUUCGAAACGCUCAAGGCGUCCUGAUCCACUUCCCUCGCUGGAACUUCCGCAUCCAGGCAGUCAAUGAGGACACCAUUUCAGCCAAAAGCCUCAGCAAGGAUGCAAUACCAAGACUGGACCGCCCUCAUCGGCUGUUCUACCACCCGCUCUCUCCCUACUCCCGAAAAGUGUAUAUGCUUGCCGUCGAGUUGGGCACUGCAGAUCGAAUCGAGCUUCAGACGGUGGUCGUUGCUCCCGUGGAGUAUCCUGGAUGGUCUGAUGAUGUCCCCACUGUCGCCGAGUCAAAUCCUCUAGCAAAGCUGCCGACUCUAGUCCUCGGCAACAACGGUGAUGGCGUUUACGACUCGAAAGUGAUCUGCGAUUUUCUAGAAGACGAAGCCUUGACAAACAAGCGGUCUGACCCUCAACCACGCAAUUGGCGAUUGAGAACGCUUCAUGGCUGCGCCGACGGCAUGAUGGACGCGCAAGUGCUCAUUCUGUACGAGAAGAAGAUCCGUGCUGAAAACAACCUCUUAUACCAAGCCUGGAUUGAUGGCCAAAACGAGAAGAUAAUGCGGGGAUUUGACGAACUCGAACUCGAAGUUGGUCGUGGUACGCUUCAGCCGCCAGCUAAGGAUACACCAGCAUCAGCGGCUGAAUGUGCGGUGGCCUGCUGUGUGGCAUUUUUGGAUGUCGUUGGGGUUGAGUGGCGCGAUGGAAGAUCAAAACUAGUAGAUUGGUUCCAACGAUGGCAAGAACGCGAGUCUUUUCUCAAGACUCGACCAGAGGUAGAUUGGAAAACUGGAGAUGCUGCUGAUAUUGGAUUUGGCCGAGACGUGUUGGAUGGCAAAAAGGGUUGAGAUAUGAACUUGUAGCCAUCUGUUAGAAGGUCUGGAUGGCCAAGCGGUCCGGCCAAUCGCUAGACCGUGCUUUCGAAACUUGAUCACAAUUGUACGUGCGUAGGACGAUGGGGUGCAGAAUGGAAUCGGAGAUGGCUUUUCGAGACCCUGUCAACAUGACCGGCUGCAUACGCUCCGGGCGCUCUUCUGCACACGCAAGAUGCAUAUGAAGAUCGACCGAGCCGUCUCUGUCUUGCAGGAAGAAGAGACAAGAGUACCGAGAUUUGUCUGUGCACAGAAGCGUCCUAUGUUGAAGACUUUGCGGUUACAAAGACGUAGGUGGAUAUAGGCAAUUUGAGAGCGGCUUGUA